CAUCCUCGGAGCUUAAAGGCAGAAAAGAAAUAUCAAGGAGAUUCCCCCUUCGACCGACUCUCCCAAAAAGAUCCCAAAUUAUGGUAUAUACCGACUCUCCCGACCGUUAUAUUAUAUAUGCUUAGUGCCCUCCCUAAUCCCGUCGCUUUUUAAAUCGAAAAGACUCGUGAAAUGGCGCAGCCCAAUGACUGUGACCACGUAAACUCCACAACGCAGGCCAUGAUCCGGCUCUACCAUACUCAUGAGCUCCACCCGCACCAGUGCGGGUCGGCCCUCGUCCAGCCAAUCGACGCCCCACUCGGCCUGGUCUGGUCCCUGGUCCGGCAGUUCGGCUCCCCUCAGGCCUACAAGCAGUUCAUCAAGUCAUGUGAGAUAGUGGUGGGGGACGGGGCCACCAAGGGAUCAGUACGUGAGAUCUCGGUGGUGACUGGCCUGCCUGCGGGCCGCAGCAGGGAGCAGCUGGAGGCCCUCGAUGACGAAGCCCAUGUGAUGGUGUUUAGCAUUAUCGGGGGGGACCACCGCCUUGCCAACUACCGGUCCACCACCACCGCCCACGAGUAUCUUCACCAAGGGUCUGCGGGGAUUCAUAGCAAGAGGACUGUAGUGAUAGAAUCGUUCGUGGUGGAUGUCCCGGGUGACAACAGCAAGGAGGAGACUAGAUCCUUCGCGGAGACAAUAAUCGGGUGCAAUCUCCGGUCCCUCGCCCGGAUUUCCGAGAAGAUGGCAUGCACUGUAAAGGUUUAAAAAUCUUUUCUUGAUCAAACGCACGCGCUACAAACCAGAAUCUGCAGUAACGUAACGUCUUAUGCUGUUGGGAAUGUUCUUGGGCUAGUGUGUCGGGUUUCAUUUCUUUUCUUAGUUGUUCAUUUUUCCCCCUCCCAUUUUGGUUAGUGAUCAGUUUGUUUUCUUAGAGAAGAAGAAACAGAAGAGUAAGGACGGUAAGAUAUGUUGUACUUUAUUGUGAGCAAAAACAGCUAUCAGUUUA